CAGUUCAAGCUUAAAACAACAAACAAACAAAUAACCCCCAUCACUGACAACAUGGGCUAUGAGAGAAAACAUGGAGGCAUCGCGCACACCUCUUUAUAUCAGCUUGCACCUCUCACAUCUGACACCCUGAGGCACAUACACAGCGGAGGCGCGCGCGGAUGCCGCCGGUGUCAGUCCCCUGUUGGUAGAAUAAAAGCUAGCGAGUGAUGUUACCGCCAGGGGAUUGGAGCAAUGGUUUGUCAGUAAAGUCGCCCACCCUCUGAGUAUCUCAGACAGAGUUAGAAGUGUUUGAGACACAGGGCAAGGCGGCGAGACACUGGCAUAACUGAUUUAACCAGAGCGGAACAGAACGAAACUCGAAAGCGAGGGAGAUGGAGAUGCUACCGGCAGAUGAAGGUAUCUCUGCGCCCAAAAUCUGCAGGCAGCAGCGGAGUCCGUACAGCUCCCUCAAGACCUUCCUGAGCAAACGCGCGGCGGGCAAGGCGAGAUACGACAGACCCACAAUGGUGGACAUCCCGCAGCUCGGAGAUCAUCCUCAAGCUCUCGCUCAUCAUCAUCAGCAGCAGCAGUAUUCACAGCACGUCCCGCUUCCGCCAGCGUCCCUCUCCAUCAGCAGCAGUCAGCAGCACCGUCUCCCCUGCGACGUCAGGCCCAGCGGCAGAGUGGCGACACCCAGCGCGGCAUCAGCGAGGAGCGCCGCGGCGGCAGCGGCUUCGUUUGGCGGCCAGGAGACACCCGGCAGACACCCCGCGGCUCGCCACCAGUCUCCAGACUGCACCUAUGGAAUAAGCUCAGAAAACCGUCUUGUACUGGAUGCUUUUGCCCAGCAGUGCAGUCGAGUCCUCAGCCUCCUCAACAGUAACGGACGUCUCCUGGAGCCCCAGCCUUCCCUCGUCCCUCCGUCCUCUUCCAUCUCCACUCUCAUAAAACAGGAGGACAGCUGCUUGUCUCCAGGAGAGAGGCUCAGUUCUAAGACCAGGUCAGAGGACACAGGUGAGGAGACCCAACGGGGCAACCACUGGAACCAACAGCAGACUUCCGCUUUCCUCCGGAUUUUCACCGAGUCUCUUCAGAACUACCUGCUCUCCGGACCCCAGUCCUCAGACAGUGAACGGUGUCGCCCUGUAGAGGCUGAGCCGGCAGCAUCAGGGUCCCCGAGGCAGAACUUAGGCGGCUGGGCUUCUCCAGCACCUUCUGAGUCAUACGGACACCCCUCAUCCACACUGCCUGAGGAAGAUGAGGAGGAAGGUUGCUGCCCACGCUGUAUGGAGCUGGAACAGGAAGUUCUUAGUCUACAGCAGGAAAACGAGGAACUGAGACACAAACUUGACAACAUACCAGCUCCUUGCCAGAAUGUGCUGGACUUUUUUAAGACUGUUCUUCGGCACUACAACCAAUUUGUGCAGCCCCAGCCUGAAGAGCAGCUUACAGAGGGCAGUAAACAGCUUCUGGGGAACUAUCCUCUCUUCAUCACCAAUAAGCAGUGGGACGAGGCAGUCAACUCCUCAAAAAAAGAUGGCCGGCGGCUCCUGCGUUACCUUAUCCGGUUCGUGUUCACCACAGAUGAGCUCAAAUACUCAUGCGGUCUGGGGAAGAGGAAACGUUCGGUACACACAGGGGAGCCGGGGCCGGAGAGAAGACCUCUCAACCCCAUCAAGGUCACAUGUCUCAGAGAGUUUAUCCGGAUGCACUGUGCUUCUAAUCCUGACUGGUGGAUGCCCUCCGAGGAGCAGAUAAACAAAGUCUUCAGUGAUGCAGUAGGGCACGCGCGGCAGGGCCGGGCUGUGUGCUCUUUCUUGGGGAGCGGGGGCAGCUGUAGCAGCAGCACUGGUAGUUUAUACAUGGAAAGCUACGACGGGCAGCUCUCUCAGGAUGAGCUCUAUCUGAAGGGCUCACAGAAUGGUUUGGGGGACUAAAGAAGAAAAAUACAUCCAAAUCAUGGAUCAGACCCUCCGGAUCG